AUGGAGAUAGGUCCCAUGGCGUCGACUAAACUCUACGUGGGAAACCUUUUCUACGAACUCACACAAGAGGAUGUUGAAGCAGAAUUUGGCAAGUUUGGUCCUAUUGAACAAUGUGCGGUCAAAAAAGGGUAUGCAUUUGUGCAUUACGAGCAACUGGAGGAUGCGGAAAUGGCAGUACAGGAAAUGAACGACAAGGAAUUAGGUGGACGUCGACUGCGUGUCGCUUUUGCCGUGUCGCACGGUACCCAGCGUCGCUAUGACGGGUCGCCGCCACCCCUGCACUCGACGCCUCCAGGUCCACCACCUCUAAUGCAGUCAUUGAACCAGAGCCAUUCAGCACCACUGCUACACAGUCCAAAGUUCCCUGUAAACGCGUCGCCCAACUUGUUCGUGGCCAAUAUUCCGCCCCACAUUAAAAUGAGCGAGUUGGACGACGUUUUCGCCCAAUUCGGAGAAGUCAAGAAUGUUAAAGUGCUGCCUCAGGCGAGACCCGACGCUCCCAUGUCAGCCUUUGUGGACUUCACGGACGUGUCAUCGGCGCAGAAGGCACACAGUGCUACGAUUGUCUUGGCGGGGCAGCCUCUACGCACGGAUUACAACUUCCGCAAGAGUAAGGGUGACGGACCGAAACGCUUGAAUCGUGGGAGCUAUGACGCCGGCAAUACCUCCUACGAAGGCGAAAGACGAGGAGGCGGACGUCCUCGCUACGACUCGUUCGAUUCGCAGGUCGAGAAGAAGAGCAAGUAUGAAGACGAUUUUGAAGAUUCGGGCCACCGUCGUCCAUACCAACAUCGCCAGUUGAGUCGACACCAUUCGUCGCGCUACAAUCGAGAGGACCCCGAGGAGCGGGGACGCAGCGGGUCUCCUCCGCAUCAUCGUCACCAAAGUAGAAGCAGCAUGCAAAGAGGUGAGGAGGCCUCAAGUAGGCGCGAACGCUCGAGUCACUACCCAACGUAUGAGCGUGCGGAUGAAACCGACGAAAUUCAUCAGUCUGAACGGCGUCCGCAGCAGUCCGGAUACUCGGAUCGGCGUUCACGAGGUGAAGAGCGUAUCCCUCGCGAGUACGCGGGAAGAGGACUGGAUAAGUCGGCGCAAGAGUACCGUCGCCAUAGCCGCCCGGAGAUGUCAUCGACGCACCACAGAUCGCGUCGUGGUCCUCGGAACGACCGGAGCUGGUAUGGAUACUGUGUUACCUUUGGAUCCUUAUGUCGCCCCCUCACCCUGGGCCUCGUAGCCGAAGCCGCAGCCGCUAAGAUGCAGAGUGCUGUGCAAAUCAUCGCCACAAUUUAUGUGAUUACACCUCUAUCUUGGGUGCAGACUUGA